CUUAAUUUUCGUGAAGAAUAUACUGAGCACUCGCUGGCCAAAAUUAACUCUACUAGCACUUCCAUGGAUCAACGUAUCCCCCUAGAACACCAGGGUCGCUCAAUCUUGAGCCCGUGAUACAAACUGAAAACAUUUCUUUAAACGAUCACAGGUGGCUGAACAAUUUCAACUCGUUCUGCUCAUGAACAACUUGUAGAAAGAGGAAUGCAAAGAAAAAGAUAUAAAAUAGUGUAAAUUAUGGGCCAAAGUUGCAGUUUGAUGUACUGCUCUUGUUGGGAAAACUGUGCGUGUUGUCAGUAUGAUUCGGCGAUUUGUGGACCUCGAUAUGCACGGUAUCAAAGCGACGAUAUUGAUGUUGACAUGGAAAAUAUUGUGGGUGAUCUCCUCGAACUUGAUCCUUUACAGUACGACAAGGAAAGUGGAACAGAAAAAAUCAACGCUUGGAUCGAUGGAACUGUUCCUCAAGUCGGAUUACCACCGAGUUUUGUCGCUAUCAGCCGUGCUAAGUGCAUUAAAUAUUGGCAAGUGUUACAGACGAAACCCACCGCUAAACUAAGCGGUUCUUUCGUGCGGUUUUGCUUCGAAAAACGUCCAAACGGCGAGCUACCUAGAUUCCUUAUAGAACACAAGGGAAAAUCAGUGAUCGUGAGAAGUCCUCAGGAUCGAAUGAAACUCAAAUCCAACGAGCCCGAGGUACAUGUUUGAUGCACGACAUUGCAAAAUUAGAGGAAAUAUUGUCAAAAGAAUAUUUAAUGAGCUGAUGAAUCGCAGGAGCUGUCAGCGAUAUUGCUGAAUGACGUUUAUCCUCAUGACGAAAGGAUGAAAAGAAAAAAUCUAGUCUCUGAAUAUCUCUAGUGCUCCUCGAAUGGGUUGUUGUCACUUUUUGUGGGGCCUUUUGUUCAUUAUUCACUCCGCCAGGACUUGAGAUAAGCUGAAGAAAACGAGUGCCUACAGUGACAGAGGCAUGACCCUGCAUUAUUUCAAGCUCGAUUUAUUUCCAUAUACGUUGCGUAAGGGAGAUAAAAGAAGUUAUAUGUAAUAGUACUAGUAAUUUCGGCAAGAUUUCCGUAUAACCCCAUACUUCAUUAUGCAUUCAGUUCUUGGAUAAAGGAAAGCAGAGGCAAAACAACAGAUUUCCUUUGGGACUACGGCUUUGUUUUUGAUUGUUAUGGGAUUAUACGGAAAUCUUUCCGUAAUUUCAAAGCGUAGUUUGUGGUUAUUUAUUUCGUAUUUAUUUAUCAGCGACAUCGCGCGUAGUUUGCAGACUGAGAUUUUCAGGAUGUGAAAAGAUGAAACACACCUUGGACUUGAUCUUUCAAUUCAUCGUUUUCGGGGCAAAUAGUUUUUCAAGAAGCAAAAAAUUAGAAUUAAGUUUCUCGAUCGUCAUCAAUCAUAAUUUUAAUAUACUAUUGCGACUACAGGGCGUUUAAUUCUCAAAACUUGGGAAUUUACAUUUUCAGGAAGCAGAUAGGCAAGGAGUCUUGAUUAAAGUACAUGUAAAUGAUGUUUGAAAAGCCUCAAAUUCUUUGCAAUGUUUACAUUAAUCGCUUUUAAUAAUUCAAUCUGCAUUUAUAGAAUGGGGGUAUGUUUUGUUGGUAAGGCUUUAAGUGGACAAGGAUUAUGAAUUAAAAACUUAGUUACAUUCAAUCUGUUAAAUGUGUACAUAUAUUAGCCAAAACCAGACAAAUGAAGAUGUUGUAAGUUAUUUAUAUUAUGAACUUUUAGAAUGCAUGGCUAGAAAUGACAAAAAGGAGAAUGAAUUCCUUCCAUUGAGUGUUAUUUAUUUAGUAUAUGUACAGCUAUCAAAAUUCAUUCUUGAAAUUGAUUCUUUCUUGACAGUCAAGUCCUGACCAACAAGGAAGGGUUUCAGUGACUCAAUAAAAAUUUACUACUCAA